AUGGAGGGUUUGUUUCAAAGGAAGCAUAAUCAAUUGUCGUAUGAUGAGACAAAUUUACUUGAAAAUUGUAAAAAAGAAAUAGCAUCUCGUAUUACACACGUGAUAGAUUGCGAAGCGUACACGAAUAAGAAGAAGACGUAUCUUCGUGAAAUUUCCGUAUAUCGUGUAAAAACGGGUGAAUAUUCAUCUUUUCAAGUAUUUACACCGUUUGUACCGUUUAACGAAUAUGAUUAUACAAUAGAUUAUCAAAUUAAGAAAAUACAUGGUUUACCAAUGGUCCAUAGUCGUUUAACACCGGAUUUUUAUACAUUAAAAGAAUCGAUGGCAUUUUUGACAAAGGAAUUUAUGGACGGCGCUGAUUUAGUAGCUUAUAAGGGUGGUGAUAUCGAAAGAAACUUGUUGAAUAAUAUGGGUACGCGCUGUAUUAAUCUCGAAGUAUUAGGCUGUCCGAAAUAUGUGGAUCUUUUGACCAUGUAUGGUCAAACACAGGAGUGUUGCCAGUAUCAUAUUGCCGCUAAUUAUCAUUGUUCAAAACACGAAGUAAAAAUGUUUGCAAAUUAUAUCUAUUCACUUUUGGUUUGA